UGAAAGUAACCAGUCAAAGCAACGUAGAAGUUAAAUGUGAUACGAAGCAGGAUAUGGAACGGUUCAGAAAAGAAGCUGAGGAAAAGCUCAAUUCGAAGUAUGAAAUACAUCAACCGAAAAAAAUUUCACCGAAGAUCCAGAUUACUGGUUACAGUGGGGAUGAACCGAUGGAGAGAUUGGAAAUGAAAAUUCGGAAUCCGAAUAAUUGGAUAGAUUCAUUUAAUUAACAGAAGAUAACAUGAAAAAGUCAACAAAUAAAUCGAGUUCGACCAUAUGUAAGGAAUUUCCUCGAUCUGAUUGAAUUACGCGCGUAAUCAGGUCAAUGAAUCAGAUUGCUUAAUACCUAUACGGAACAUUGUUAAAUUCGCAAACGUAUCAUCGGUAUGAUCGAUGAAUUCAUUCCGAAUACAGUGAGUUGCAAUAUUGUAUACGUUAUCUAACGACAAUGUAGUGAAUAAGAACAUUGAAUGUUGUUUCUUUGUUAUUUACAGAGAAACACAGCUGCUUUCAAUCCAAUCUGAAAGAUAUUUAAUUAUAUUAUAAAACAACAUUCUGGUUUUAAAUCACUAUGGAAAAGUUGAAGUUCACAUUCAAAAUGCUGGCUGCUUCAGAUGGAAAGUCAAAUGUGCUUUGUGUGACCAGAAUAACUACAACGGAUGGAAAUACAUUCAAAGUCUUCAAAUGCAUUAUUACAUGUAGAAUUACUUAAAACUGCGGCAUAUACAAAAAUCAAGAAAACUUGCUCACAAAGGGGCCAAACAAGGAGAGUGUGGGUGAGUUUAACAAAAGAAAUGAAAAAUACUUAUUUCGAUGAGGAUGGUAAUAUACAAUUUCAAAACGUAUACUAAGAGGAAGUGAGUGAAGAAAGCAGUGACACAACUACAAGUACUAGUGCAUAAGAACAUUCAUUAGAAAAAUUAUUAGAGAAGCUAUACUGAAAAAAAACCAAGAAAAUUGUGGAGAGAGAAAUGUGGGUAAAUUGGCCACAGAAUUCACUAUCGGAAAAUUUGAUGGAAAAAAUGCAAAUGCAGAGCAAUGGUUAAGAAGUUUUGAAAAAGAAUGUGAAAGAUUCGAAAGUGAUGAAAAUUGUAAUAAAAUAGAAAUUUUAAAAUCAUUUGAUACUGAGAUGGCGCUUGAAUCGGUUUAGACGGUGUUAGUUUGGGCUCCUCGAAAUUCAUUAAAUUAAAUUUAUCCCUUGUCGAAUAUUUAAAGACUGUAUUACAGAAAUAUUAAAAAACUACCUGUUCAUUAUUUAAAAUUAAAUUGGAAUUAGUACAUUCACCUGAACAUGGGUAAACCGACAGUGAGUGUGAAAGAAGUAAGUGAACGAGUUGACAGACUAUCGGAGGAAUUCAAGAAAGGAUUCGAAGACUUUAAGGUACAAUUUAUAAAAUCCCAAUCUACAUUUAUCCCGACUGAUGGUCCUAAUAUUUUGGAAUUGUUCGAAAAGUUCGAGACUAAAAUGAAUGAUGUAAUAUCUGAGAUAAAAAGUGACCUGAAUCGGAUUAAGGAUGACAUGGUACGUACAAAAAAUAAACUAAAGGCUUUAGAAAUCAAAGGAAAUUCAAAUAUUCUACUCGUUCAUGGCAUUCCUGAAACAAAAUCUAAUAUUAUCGUCGAUGUUUGUGAAAUUUUUAAGAAUCAGAUUGGCAUUGAUAUUUAUAAGAACGAUAUAAAUAGCUGUCAACGUAUGGGAAGAAAAAAGGUAAACUCUGAUAAGAAGAAGCCGCGACCGGUGGCUGUUGAUUUCUGUCGUCGUUGGACUCGUGAUGCAGUGUUUGUAAACAAACGAAAACUGAAAGGUUCGAAAAUACUUAUUACAGAACUGCUAUCUAUUGAGAAUUUGUUGCUGUUGAAGGAGACUAAGAAAUUUUUCGGAAAAUCUGUGUGGACUCAUAAUGGCUUGAUUUAUUGUGAUAUUGAUGGUAAAAGGGUGCACAUAGGUGAUAGAGGAGUUUGAAGAUUGUGAGCGAUAAGGGAUUGAUCGAUGUGACUCCAGGUUGUAAUUCAUUGGAUUUUGUUUUUAUUUCUUUCUUUUUGUUUUUUCUCACUGAAAGUAGUAGAAUGAAAUUCUUUUCGAGUAUUUAUGUAUGAAAACAAUUUUUGAAAAUGUAUAAUUUUGGAGCCCUACUUGCAUUUCUUAUUUAAUUUUUACUUGUGCAGUUUGGGGAUCAGUUAGUACCUGGUGGGUACCUCUGGUGCAUUAUCGUUUUGUUAUUAUUUUUUUUUUUCUUUAUUCAUUUCAUAUUACAAUUUCAUUCAGAGAUA